AGCAAGGUGGAAAGCAGUCUUCGAAUUUUACCAUACUCAUCUUAAGUUUUGAUUGCAAGAAUGUUGUCAUUGUUCUCAUCCUCACCAAUCAAAUUAAGGUCUGCUUUUCAAUUCUCAAAUUCUGUUCCCCACUCCGCUCUCCGUCUUUGCUUCCCUUCAACUUCAUCCCUACACUCUCACUCUCAGCCCCAAUCACUUGAUGAAGCUGUUGAUUCCUUCACUCGCAUGCUCUCUAUGCGUCCUCCUCCAUCCAUCAUCCAAUUCACCAAGAUUUUGGGAUCUCUUGCCAAGACCAACCAUUUCCCCACCGCCAUCUCCCUUUUUCAGCAAUUGCAAGCCAGGGGAAUCGCUCCCAACUUGUUUACUUUGAACAUCUUAAUCAAUUGUUGUUGCGGCAUGAGUCGUAUGACGCUUGCUUUCUCUGCUUUCGCCAAGAUUUUCAGGAUGGGUUUUCAGCCUGAUGCUGUAACGUUGACAACAAUCCUGAAAGGCCUCUGUCUCUGUGGGAAUGUUGAAAAAGCACUGCACUUUCAUGCCACAGUGCUGGCUUAUGGAUUUCACUUCGACCAAGUCACUUAUGGGACCUUGAUCAAUGGGCUGUGUAAGAUUGGACACACAUCAGCUGCUAUUCAAGUGUUGAGAAAGAUCCCACAGCAUGGAAUUGUUCCUAAUGUCGUAAUGUACAACCCAAUUAUUGAUAGCCUAUGCAAAGUUACGCUUGUAAGUGAUGCUUUUCAUUUAUAUUCUGAAAUGCUUGCUAAGGAAAUUUCUCCCAAUGUUAUCACGUACAACACUCUAAUUUUGCUAAAUGAUAUGAUUCUCAUAAACAUUACUCCUGAUGUUUAUACCUAUAAUACUUUGAUUGAUGGGCUAUGCAAGGAAGGAAAGAUCAAAGAUGCUAAGAGUGUAUUGGCUGUAAUGGCAAGACGUGGUGUGAAACCAGAUGUAGUUACUUAUAACAGCCUAAUGGAUGGAUAUUGUUUGGUUAAUCAGGUAAAUAAGGCAAAAUAUGUAUUCAACACAAUGGCCCAAAGUAGAGAGUCACUUGAUGUUCAAAGUUACAAUAUCAUGGUUAAUGGCUUCUGCAAAAUUAAAAUGGUUGAUGAAGCCUUGAAUCUCUUUGAAGAAAUGCGUCGUAAGUACUUAGUUCCAAACACGGUAACUUACAACACUCUUAUUGAUGGCUUGAGCAAAUCAAAGAGAAUCUCUUGUGCUUUGGACCUUCUUUUCGAGAUGCAUGAAAGAGGUCAACCUACUAAUGUAGUCACUUACAAUUCCUUGUUGGAUGGGAUGUUCAAUAUCAAACGAGUUGACAAGGCACUUAUGUUAUUCAAGGAAAUGAAAGAGAGUGGCAUUGAUCCUGAUAUAUAUACAUACAACAUACUUAUAGAUGGGCUGUGCAAAAGUGGAAGACUUAUAGAUGCAAUAGAGAUUUUUCAAGAUCUUUCCGAGAAAGGCUAUGGUCCAAAUGUGAGGACAUACAAUAUUAUUAUCAAUGGGUUCUGCAAAGAGGGCUUGUUUGAAGAAGCAUUGGCACUCUUGUCAAAAAUGGAAGGCAAUGGUUGCUUACCAAAUGCUGUGACUUUUGAAACUGUUAUUCGUGCUUUGUUUGAAAAAGAUGAGAAUGACAUGGCCGAGAAACUUCUUUGGGAAAUGGUUGCUAGAGGCUUAUUGAAUUGAUAAAAGAAGGUAAGAUACAUCAACUCAAAUUGAAAUUACAUCUCAUUGUUGCUGAAUACGUAUCAUAGUUUUGUAAAUUUUGUGUUUGUUGGGUCAGAGGACUUUGGCAUGCCAUAACAUUAAUUAAUUUUGCACUUUCGAUUUUUGCAAUUGCUAUCAUCUUUUUGAAUUCCACUAUAUUGAUUCUUUAGUUGAUAUUCCUAGUUAUAGCUUACAGAUUUAGUGUUUAAGAUCUCUUUAUAGCAAUAGUGUUCUUUACUGUUAUUCUAUGAGAUCAUGUAU